ACAGGUUCCGACCAUCAAUCCACCUGGCCACUACAAAGUUGAAAGCUCAUAGUCAUAGGUGACUUGUGAAUAUCUUAUCAUAGUUCAGAACUUGUGCUGUUCACCAAAAAGAAAAACAUGGCGAGUGGAAGGCAAAUUGGUGUAGCUUUAGAUUUCUCCAAAGGAAGCAAGAUCGCUCUCAAAUGGGCUAUCGACAAUCUUCUUCGUACCGGUGAUACACUCUAUAUCGUUCAUGUCAAUCAUUCCCAUCCCACUGAAUCUCGUAAUCUUCUUUGGGCAACCACUGGUUCUCCUUUGAUCCCGUUGUCGGAGUUUCGUGAGAAGAACGUGGUGCACCAGUAUGAAGUGGACCCUGAUGCUGAGGUUUUGGACAUACUUGAUACUGCUUCUAGACAGAAACAGGUGACUGUGGUGGGGAAGGUAUACUGGGGAGAUGCAAGAGAGAAAAUUGUUGAUUCUGUUGGGGAUUUGAAGCUUGAUGCUUUGGUUAUGGGUAGCAGAGGUUUGGGUGCUAUACAAAGGGUUUUGCUGGGGAGUGUGUCCACUUAUGUCACUUCAAAUGCAAGUUGCCCUGUAACAAUUGUGAAAGAAUCUGUCGCUCCUACCGUCUGAUACGCUGCUGCUGUGUUUGGUUGAUCUUUGCAAAUGACCGUUCCCUCAGUUCUUACAUGUGCUUAUUUAUGGUCUACUUAAAACUUGAUUAUUAAGUAUUCAUCAAGCACUAGUUUCUCAAGACUCUAUUAUUAGUUUAUAUAAGUGCUUAAGCUAGAGCCAAAAGUGUGUGAAUAAUUGAGCUUUGUGAUGGAUCUGUUUCAAACUUGCGACCUAACAUGGAGUGGAUUGCCAUGUUUUAUAUUUUAUUUUUACUGUCUUUGUGUGCCGCAUAAUCAUCAACCCUUUGCUUUCGGGA